AUGUUGUCCCUCGACCUACGAGCUUUGAAAGCUUUGUACAUAAUUACCACAAGCGCAUUUCUUUCCUUUCUUAUUGUAUUCUAUUCGCACCACAUGGUUGCAAGUGAUGUUAUCCACUCGUUGGUAUCUGCGUUCCCUUUCACAAAUGACAAACCUGUGCCAGCGGAAUCAACAUUCGACACAAACACUAUCGAGCUGAUACUCGGCAACCAUAACGAAGAGCCGAUACUGGGUGACCACGAUAUAGAGCUAGUGGUUGCCAGCUUGAAGGAACAAAACACUUCCUGGUACUCGGUAUAUUUUCCUGACUGGAAACAUAAUAUCUACAUUGUCAAUGACUUGACAGCAUCAUUGACAGUACCGCGGAAUAAAGGUCACGAGGCAAUGGUUUAUCUAACGUACAUCAUUGACCGCUAUGACAACCUCCCAAACAACACUGUCUUUCUGCAUGCUGAUAGAUUCCAAUGGCACAACGAUAACCCUGACUAUGACGGCGUUCCAUUGCUGCGUGACUUGCAAUUUGCCUACUUGCAAGAAGAAGGAUACGUGAAUCUGCGCUGUGUAUGGGUACUUGGUUGUCCAGCAGCAAUCCAUCCAUUCAACGAUGAGGCUAUUAGUGAUGAACACAAUGAGCAGGCUACUGGAGAAAUUUUUCGUCAAGUUUUUGAGGAGUUGCUACCAGGUCAUCCCGUCCCUACUGAAGUCGGAGUCAGCUGUUGUUCACAGUUCGCCGCCACAAGGGAGGCAAUCCAGCAGCGACCCAAGGAUGACUAUAUACGUUUCCGAGAAUGGCUGUUAAAUACCCCAUUUCAGGAUGGGCUGAGUGGUCGUUUUUUCGAGUAUUCCUGGCACAUCAUAUUCGGAAAAGAUCCUGUCUAUUGUCCCUCCGCAGCAGACUGUUAUUGCAAGGUCUAUGGGAUGUGCGAUCUUCCGAAUUGUACGACCGGUGAGUGCAAAGGCCGCUACAAUUUGCCCCCAUACGCGACACUACCAGAUGGCUGGCCACGAGUGGGCUGGAAUGGAGAAGAGAGGCCUUUCUCCGGGCCGUAG